CAGAAAAUCUAACUACAUUAUCCCAUUUACCCUAUCGAACCCUAAUCUCCUUCCCUCCUUUGCCUCUUAUCGUGAAACUUCUUCAUCUCGAUCUCCUUCGGACGCCGCCCUUUUUUUUUAAUUUCAUUUCUGCAACUUUACCAGUUCUUUCAUUCCGGAGAGUCACGGAGCCAGGUGCGGUCAUCUGCCGACUCAGUGCCACCCGGUCGUGCAGGAGCAGCGUCGACCCACCGCCGUUCUUACUCGCGCGCUGCGCCGCUUGUGCAUUUCUGCUCAUAAUUUGACUUUCUUGGAGUAUUAGUUUUAUGUUUUUAGAUUAUGUAUUCCGGUAGAGGGAGUAAUGCUUAUGGGCAACAAUCAUAUAGUGGGCAAUAUGGUCAGAAUUUGGGAACUGCAUAUUCUGGGACUUCAGUUGGUGGGACUGAUGGGAGCUCUCAAAUUUCCUUGUCGUCUCGGCAUGCGUCAAUGCUAAGUGCUUCUCAGGAAGCAGAAAUUGGUGGUUAUAGAGCUCAUCCGUCCGCUGCGGUUCAUUAUGGGGGACAGUAUGGGUCUUUGUAUGGAUCAGCUGCUUUAAGUGGUACUCAGCAGGUCCCUACUAUAAAUGCUAAAGGAGCUGGAUCCUCAGCUCUGGAAGGUCGUAGUGGUUAUGCCUCUGCUAUAUCAGAUUCACCUAAGUUUACAUCUGGCGACUAUAUUUCUUCAUCAGGCCAUGGAUUUGGUCAAAAAAGUGAUCAGAUAUACGAGAAGAUUUCUGAUUAUCUUUCAGCGGACAGAAGGCAGUACAGUGAACGGCAAGGUGCUAAUACAGGAAGGGAUUUGCAAAGUGAACCCGCUGGGCGAUAUGCUGAUUCUGUUGGUUUUGGUCAUCAACACCAGGUAUCGCUUCUUCGACAAGAACAAUUAUUGAAAACUCAAUCGCUGCAAUCUGCGUCACUUGAUGGCGGUUCCAGACAAGCUGAUUAUCUUGCAGCAAGGAGUGCCGCUGGUCGUUCCUCUCAAGAUGUUAUACAUUAUGGAGGAAGAGCAGAUGCUGAAUCUCGAAGCUUAACAAUGCUUGGUGCUUCUUCAUAUGGUGGACAGAGUACCCCAUCAAUAUUAGGGGCAGCACCACGUAGAAAUGUGGAUGAUCUCACAUAUCAACAAAUUUCUUCAAAUCCUGGUUAUGGAGUGAGCCUACCCCCGGGCAGGGACUAUGGCACUGGAAAAGGGCUUCAUAGUACAUCUGUUGAGGUGGAUUAUCGUGGUUUGCUGUCACGGUCGCGCAUUGAGGAACAAAAAGAUGAUAGAGCUAGUUAUCUUAGGGAGUUUGAGCUAAGGGAAGAGGAGCGUCGACGGGAGCAUAUGCGUGCAAGGGAAAAAGAAAGAGAAAGAGAUAAGGAACGUGAGCGGGAGCGUGAGCGUGAACAACGAGAAAGAGAACGUGAAAGGGAGCGGAUAAUAGAGAGGCGGGAGAAAGAAAGGGAGCGACAACGCAAACUUAUCCUUGAAAUCAAGAGGGAACGAACUCCACUUAGAGUGUCAAGAGAGCCACGUGGUUCGUCUUUGACCAAGGGGAGAUCUGUGCGACGGGACUCUCCACAUCGUGAAGCUUCGCAUAGGUGGAUCUUGAUGUCUUAUGGUUUUAUUCAUUUUAAUAAGCAUUUCUGCUUAUUGCAGGUUUCUUCAUCUCGGUUAGUUGAUGUGGAGAGGGAUUAUCUAUCUAUAGAUAAGCGAUAUCCAAGACUUUUUGUAUCUCCAGAGUUUUCCAAGGUUGUUGUUAACUGGCCCAAGGAGAACCUUAAACUUUCAAUCCAUACUCCCAUCAGUUUUGAGCAUGAUUUUGUUGACGAAGAUAGCAUUGGUGAUCCAAUGGAGCAAUCCACCAAGAGUUUGACAGAAGAACCUGUAAAAUCAGAAUGUGGAGGCACAGUGUGGAAUGCUAAGAUGAUAUUAAUGAGUGGACUUAGCAAGAAUGCUCUGGAAGAACUUUCUUCAGAAAAAAGCUAUGGAGACCGGAUACCUCAUAUUUGCAAUAUCCUGAGGUUUGCUGUUCUUAGGAAGGACCACUCUUUCACAGCAAUUGGUGGACCCUGGAAUUCUGCAGAUGGCCCUGACCCAUUAGUUGAUGAUUCUUCUCUAAUUCAAACACUUGUUAGAUACACGAAGGAUGUAACUCAACUUGAUCUGCAAAAUUGUCGGCAAUGGAAUAGGUUUCUUGAGAUCCACUAUGAUAGAGUUGGCAAGGAUGGACUCUUUAGCCAUAAGGAAGUAACAGUACUGUUUGUUCCUGAUUUAUCUGAAUGUCUUCCUUCGUUAGAUGCAUGGCGAGCACAAUGGCUGGCUCACAAAAAGCCAGCUAGUGCAGAGACUAAUUCCGGCAAGCAAAAUGACAAUUUAGAAGAGAAGGAUGUUGGUGAGCAGAAUCCAGAGUCUGGCGUCCCAGGCCAACAGGAAGAACCAGUAUCCGAUUCAUCUGGGGUUAAAACAUUUUCAAGAAAAAAGGUCAUAAAAAAGGUUCCAGUGGCAAACACUGCCCAGAAUGAAGAAAAGGACACACAGCUUGAGGUGAAAUCUGAGAAGGAAGCAGAUACCUCUGAAGAUAAGACAAACAAUAAAUCAGAUAAUGGAGGUGCUGCAAUUGGGAAAGAUCCUGUAAAAGCAACCAUAAAAAGGAAAAUCAUUAAGAGGGUACCUAAAAGGAAGAAUGCUGCUGCUGGGGAUGAGGAUGACAAAAAGUUAGUGAGAACAGAUACUGGAGCAGACAAUAGUGGAAAGGAAGUGGCUGAUGCAGAUAAAAUUAAGUUGAACACUCCAACUGAGGAUAAAAAAGAGAAUAUAGCUGAUUCAAGUAAAACUGAAAUCGAGGCCAGCCUAGUGGACAAGGAUCGAGAGAGAAAUGGUACUGAGACCAAGGCUGACAGCAAGAAGGUUAAUCAGAAGGAUAAUAAUGGAAAGAAGGGAAAGGCAAAAGACAAUGAUAAACGGAAGAAAGACAAGGAUGGAAAAGAUGAGUUAGGGAAUAAAGAGGUGAUUGAGAAGAAAAAGAUUGAAGAGCCUCCUCGUCACCCUGGAUUUGUUUUACAAACAAAAUGGAGCAAAGAUUCUAAAUUGCGGUCCUUGUCACUUUCACUUGACUCGCUCUUGGAUUAUACUGAUAAGGAUACUGAAGAAUCAACAUUUGAGCUUUCGUUGUUUGCAGAGACACUAUAUGAGAUGCUUCAAUAUCAAAUGGGUUGUCGCCUUUUGGAUUUGCUCCAGAAACUGCGAAUAAGAUUCAGGAGAAAAAGAAACAAAAAUAAGAGGCAUCAUGAAGAAAUUCAUAAGGACAAUACCGAGAAAUCAACACCAAAGCGUCUAAAGACUGAUGAACUUCCUUCCAAGGAUAAUGCUGUAAAAUCUGAAACUCCGGCUGCAGCUCAACCGGCUGAUGAAGAAAACAUGCCAGAAGAUAAUGCUCCUGUUGAUCAUGUUGAUGAGGUGAAGUCAAAAAAUGAUACAGAGGAUGAAGAAGAUCCAGAGGAAGAUCCUGAAGAAUAUGAAGAAAUGGAGGAUGCCAGUAUGCGGCAUGACUCUUCUAAGGAGAGCAAUGAAGGGGAAAAGAUGGAUGUCAGUGUUGAGCCUGCAAAGGCCGUGGAAGAAAAGGAUGAAGCAGGGGAAUCUGUCAAGGAGACAACUAACACUGAAGUUGCGAAAGAAAACCUCACACCUGAUGUAAGCACCAGUGAGAAAAUGAAAGGAAGUUCUGACAUAGAGAAAAAAGAGGCUUCUGUAGAUAAGGAACUAUUACAAGCUUUUAGAUUUUUCGACCGGAACCAUGUUGGUUACAUUAGGGUUGAAGAUAUGAGAUUAAUUAUCCACAACUUGGGGAAGUUUCUCUCUCACCGGGAAGUCAAGGAACUUGUGCAAAGUGCGCUGUUAGAGAGCAAUACUGGAAGGGAUGAUCGCAUUCUUUACAACAAGUUGGUGAGGAUGCCUGAGGUUGAAGGUUAAAGGUUAAAGGUCUUGGACGAAAGCUUGUAGUUGGAAGUGUGGUUUUAAGAUUUAUAAUUAUGGAAUUUUAACGGGAUAAAUAAGGUUUCUAGUAGUGGAUUGGAAUUUGGUAUCUUUAAUAGAAAAUCUCACUGGAUUUGUUCAUUUCGAUAAAUAAAAAUUUCUCUUUCUUAUU